AUGAAAAGUGAGGCUAUUGAGGUUGGUGUGACCAAGGCCAAGGAUUCUUCAACCCAAAAAGGAGUAAAGAGAGGAGUGUAUAUACCAGACUUCAUCUUGAGGGUUGUUGCUUUAGUUACUACUCUAGCCAGUGCAAUUAUCAUGGCAACUACUAAUGAAACACUUCCUUUCGCUACACGAUUUAUCCGAUUCAGGGCCGUGUACUACGAUCUUCCAACUUUGACGUUUUUUGUUGUUGCCAAUUUCGUUGUUAGCGGCUAUCUACUCCUAUCUCUUCCACUUUCUAUUUUCAACGUUGUGAGAAGCAGGGCAAAAAAUAGUAGAAUUCUCUUGAUCAUCUUCGAUACGGUGAUGCUGGAUCUCUUAAUGGCUGGAGCAUCAGCAGCAGCCGCUAUUGUAUACUUGGCACACAACGGAAAUACUAUAACAAACUGGUUUGCUAUCUGUCGACAAUUCUAUUCUUUCUGCAGGCGAAUCUCCGGUUCCUUGAUCGGAUCCUUUGUUGGUGUAGCUGUGCUCAUACUGCUAAUCUUGAUGUCUGCAUCAGCCCUUUCUCGACGAAACUGAUUGAUCUGUUCCUCCUGCAUCAACGGAACUUAUAAUUAUAACGAUCAUAGGGUGCAUGAUUUCUUGUGUAACGCUUGUCAGUUUGUGUGUGAUUGUUUAGAAGAGUAUGAUUUAUGAGAUAUUUACUCGAGUGAUUUCUUUGUUUGUAUGUGUGAUGUAAUGUAUUGAUGUAAUGGUGUAUUCUGAAUCCUGAUGUGAUUAUAAUUAAUUGAUCUGUUGCUUGUUCA